GCCCCGCGCCCCGCGCCCGCAGCCCGCCCAGGCGGAGUCACCCCGCGCUCCGCCCGCCGCGAUUCGGGCUCGGAGGUCCGGACCUCGGGCUCGCCGCCUCCCGGGCCGGCUCCGCGCCCCGCACCCCCGAGCCCCGCGACCCCGCAGGCUGAGCGCACCAUGCCGCAGCUGGACUCGGGCGGGGGUGGCGCGGGCGGCGGCGACGACCUCGGCGCGCCCGACGAGCUGCUGGCCUUCCAGGACGAGGGCGAGGAGCAGGACGACAAGAGCCGCGACAGCGCCGCGGGCCCCGAGCGCGACCUGGCCGAGCUCAAGUCGUCGCUCGUCAAUGAGUCCGAGGGCGCGGCCGGCGACGCCGGGGUCCCGGGGGCGGGCGCCGGUGCCCGCGGCGAGGCCGAGGUCGGGGCGGAGGCUCUCGGGCGGGAACACACUUCGCAGAGACUUUUCCCCGACAAACUUCCAGAGUCUCUGGAAGACGGCCUGAAGGCCCCGGAGUGCACCAGCGGCAUGUACAAAGACACCGUCUACUCCGCCUUCAAUCUGCUCAUGCACUACCCGCCCCCCUCGGGAGCAGGGCAGCACCCCCAGCCGCAGCCCCCGCUGCACAACAAGGCCAGUCAGCCUUCCCAUGGCGUCCCCCAACUUUCUCCUCUCUAUGACCAUUUCAGCAGCCCACACCCCACACCUGCACCAGCCGACAUCAGCCAGAAGCAAGGAGUUCACAGGCCUCUGCAGACCCCUGACCUCUCUGGCUUCUACUCUCUGACCUCAGGCAGCAUGGGACAGCUCCCACACACUGUGAGCUGGCCCAGCCCUCCUCUCUACCCCCUGUCCCCUUCCUGCGGAUAUAGACAGCACUUCCCUGCCCCCACUGCAGCCCCUGGCGCCCCCUACCCCAGGUUCACCCAUCCACCCCUGAUGCUAGGUUCUGGUGUCCCUGGGCACCCCGCAGCCAUCCCCCACCCAGCCAUCGUGCCCUCUUCAGGGAAGCAGGAGCUGCAGCCCUAUGACCGCAGCCUGAAAGCACAAGCAGACUCCAAGGCAGAGAAGGAAGCCAAGAAGCCAACCAUCAAGAAGCCACUCAACGCCUUCAUGCUAUACAUGAAGGAGAUGAGAGCCAAGGUCAUUGCAGAAUGCACGCUCAAGGAGAGUGCUGCCAUCAACCAGAUCCUGGGCCGUCGGUGGCAUGCACUGUCCCGGGAAGAGCAAGCCAAGUAUUAUGAGCUGGCCCGCAAGGAGAGGCAGCUGCACAUGCAGCUAUACCCAGGCUGGUCGGCGCGGGACAACUAUGGGAAGAAGAAGAGACGGUCGAGGGAAAAGCACCAAGAAUCCAACUCAGAUAACUCUCUUCACUAUUCCUAGGAGGAAAAAGAAAUGCAUUCGGUACUUACCCGGAGAAGGCCGCUGCCCCAGCCCCGUUCCUUCCGAUGACAGUGCUCUAGGCUGCCCCAGGUCCCCAACUCCCCAGGAUUCGCCCUCGUACCUCCUGCUGCCCCACCUCCCCACAGAACUGCUUGCUAGCCCUGCAGAACCAGCGCCUACAUCACCAGGCCUCUCAGCCACUCUCAGCCUCUCAGCCCCCUCAGAGCAACCAGCAGAGUACACAGGUUCAGCCACAGCAAUCUCAGAGACAGGCAGCCUAGCGUGCACAGGACACAUGGCUUCCUCCAAGGGCUCACCCUCUGAGAGGAGACGACAGAGUCCCAAAGUGGGUGGAAACCGGCCAGGGGGCCUGUUGGCUCCCUCUCACAGCUCAGGCCCUGGAGAUUUCAAAGUCUGCACAACUUCUGCCUGAACCUGGGGCCAUCAAUUCAAACUGCUCCAAGUGAUGGGAAUCAGAUCCGUGUUGUGUCAUUUCGUCAGGGGCAUCCCCCAUGCCUAUGGCAGGCUCCCUCCCUCUGUCUUGACAGCCAGAUGCCCCUGCCCCCCUUGCUUUUCCUCUUUAGGUCAUAGGUGGACUGGACUGAGCCCAGCUGCUCUCCCCUCCACCACUGCCCCACCUUCCCUGUACCAGAUACUUCACGGACCAAGAACCAGCUCGUUUACCAAACAUGUAAGCAUGGUCACAACCACAAAGCUCAAGAUGACAGUGCUUCUCUCUUAAGGGCCUGGAGAAGCCCUGUUUACAGAAAACCAUCUGUAAUCUGUAAGCUGAACCAAGGGAAGCUUCUUCCCACAUUCUUUUUAGCAGCUUUCAAUAAGUGAAUGGAAUAGGUUAGAUUUAGGCCUAUCAGCCUGGCAACAGGAAUAACCUGACACUACCUUACAGGCAAGUGUGGAUGGUGAGUGUUUGUGGCUAUAGUUCAAAUUACUUGGAAAUGUUUCCUGAGAAAUUCAACCACCUAAGAAGCCCUGAUACCUAAUGCCCUAGUCACUGGUUCAAGUCAGUUGUGGCUCAAAACCAGUGUGCAUCCUUCCCCACUUCUGAGCACCUUGUCCAGAUCCAAUUCCAGCUUAUCCACAUCAGUCUAGCCAGCUCUUUAGACAGUUGUAAGAAAGGGCAAACCAAACCUCAGGACAGCCAGUGCCUAUUUUCCAGCAUGUAAGCAGGCCAGCUUCAGUUUCCCUAUGGGGCUGCAGGAAGGAAGACCAUACAACUAAAGCAGGAGCCCAGAAAACCUCUAGUGGUGAACAUCGGGUUUUCACCACAGCCUACUUUAACCCAUUUCUGAGCCAAGCUUCAACCCUGAGCCUUAAAAAACAAACAUUUUUUAAUUUAAUUUAGUUUUUUUUUUGUUCUUUUUGCCUCCUCUUCACUGUACGUAGCCUGAAUCCAAAGAGAAAGGGCUAUCCUUGUACCCACACACACCCCUCAACAAAAGCCUAGUUCCUACUUUAGCCACUGGCUUCUCAGAAUCCAAAGAUCAUAUGUUCUAGUGUAGUGCUGCAAGAAGUCUUGAGAGGAAAAAGGACCAUUAUAAUAUUCAAGAUAUUUUUGUAUUGUUAAUGCAUAUCACAGAAAAACUUUGAUAUGAGAAUAAAGAUACUUUUUACUGGGUUUCUUUUUCAAA